CUCGUACAAUGGUCAGGAAGACAAACGUGCUCAAUUCACCCAACUGCACAGAUGCUACCCGGUAUGAAGUGAUGGCGACUGAGACGCUUCGAGGUGCUCGAUGGAGCGCAUACAAAUGGCUCUGUAGAUGUCCUUUAGAAGAGUGAAGCCGCCCUCUUGCCUCCUUGCGAGCGUAUUUGACAGAAUUCUGCGAUGGCUGCUGCUCCCAUCAGCUCAUUUCUGCACGAUCAUGUCGGAAAACGUCUCACAAGUCUUCUUUUGCAUGCUCUCUGUCAGCGCUGUGAGAGAAUCAGAGUGUGCUUGCCCAUCCAUCAUGCAGGCUAGGAUUUGCGAAGCGGCCUUUGCAUACCAAGUACCGUCCAUGCUUUGCAGGUCUGCUCCUUUCUGGCACUGCAUCGUCGUCAACUGGAAAUGGUAGGCCUGUUUGCGCAAGAAGAGCGAUUCCUCCUUUCUGGCACUGCAUCGUCGUCAACUGGAAAUGGUAGGCCUUUUUGCGCAAGACGAGCGAUUCCUCCUUUCUGACACUGCAUCGUCGUCAACUGGAAAUGGUAGGCCUGUUUGCGCAAGGAGAGCGAUUCCUUGCUGCCUCGAUUUGGCAGUGCGUCUCUUUGCUAUAUACGCUGGCAUGCCUGAGCAGCACACUCAAUUGACGCGAUGGCGUGUCCGGCAUAUCCUCUGGCUGAGCAAUGAGGGCGGCAGGCCACUAACACGACCCGAUGCGAUGCACAGCUGCAGUGCUGUUGUAUGGAGUCGCUUGGAUGCACACCGAGGCAUGGUGAC